GCAGCCUCAUUCAUUUUCAAAAUUUUGUAGCAUGCACAUCUGAUAAUUUUUUUUUUGAAGAUUUUUUUUUACAGUUUUUUUAUGAUCGUUUAACGGAAGUGAAAUUUUAACUAUCUACAUUUUUGGUGCAAAAUUUUUUGUGUUCCAACAAAAUGAGGGAAAUCGUCCACAUCCAGGCCGGGCAAUGCGGCAACCAGAUCGGAGCUAAGUUCUGGGAGGUGAUUUCGGAUGAGCACGGCAUCGAUCCCACCGGCGCCUACCAAGGGGACUCUGAUCUUCAGCUCGAACGUAUCAAUGUAUACUACAACGAGGCGUCUGGCGGCAAGUAUGUGCCGCGCGCCGUCCUCGUCGACCUCGAGCCCGGCACCAUGGACUCCGUCCGCUCCGGACCCUUCGGACAAAUAUUCCGACCGGACAACUUCGUCUUCGGACAGUCCGGCGCCGGUAACAACUGGGCCAAAGGACAUUACACUGAGGGUGCAGAACUUGUGGAUUCAGUCCUCGAUGUCGUCAGGAAAGAAGCUGAAGGCUGCGAUUGUCUUCAGGGCUUCCAACUCACACACUCUCUCGGAGGAGGCACCGGGUCAGGCAUGGGCACUUUAUUGAUCUCCAAGAUCAGAGAAGAAUACCCUGACCGUAUCAUGAACACGUUCUCCGUGGUUCCAAGCCCGAAGGUAUCGGACACGGUUGUGGAGCCUUACAAUGCGACAUUAUCGGUUCAUCAAUUAGUGGAGAAUACUGAUGAGACGUAUUGCAUUGACAAUGAGGCUUUGUACGAUAUUUGCUUCAGGACCUUGAAAUUGACGACGCCGACGUAUGGCGAUCUGAACCAUCUAGUAUCAGCGACGAUGUCAGGCGUGACCACUUGUCUGAGAUUCCCGGGGCAAUUGAAUGCGGAUUUGCGCAAGUUGGCAGUGAAUAUGGUGCCGUUCCCGCGGCUCCACUUCUUCAUGCCAGGGUUUGCGCCGCUGACGUCACGUGGCAGCCAGCAGUAUCGUGCGCUGUCUGUUCCGGAGCUGACCCAGCAAAUGUUUGACGCGAAGAACAUGAUGGCUGCUUGCGACCCUCGCCACGGGCGUUACCUGACUGUAGCCGCCGUGUUCCGCGGACGGAUGUCCAUGAAGGAAGUGGACGAGCAGAUGCUCAAUAUUCAAAAUAAAAACAGCAGUUACUUUGUCGAAUGGAUCCCUAAUAACGUUAAGACGGCUGUGUGCGACAUUCCGCCGCGUGGCUUGAAGAUGUCUGCCACAUUCAUCGGCAACACUACUGCGAUCCAGGAGUUGUUCAAGAGAAUAUCUGAGCAGUUUACAGCUAUGUUUAGACGGAAGGCUUUCCUUCACUGGUAUACUGGUGAAGGUAUGGAUGAGAUGGAGUUUACGGAAGCUGAGAGUAAUAUGAACGACUUGGUGUCGGAGUACCAGCAGUAUCAGGACGCUACAGCCGACGACGAGGGAGAUUACGUGGAAGAAGUGGAGGAGGAGUGAUGUUAGUGUUUGUAAUGUCCAAUGUUUGUUUUGUAAUUCUGUGUCGGUGUACAGUGUAGACAGUCUAUAUCCGUUUAUCAUGGUUAUAAAAUAAAUAUUUAUAUACAUCA